UGAUAUGAAUUAGAAGCCCAAAUAUAAGACCAGGCAAAUGCUACCUGGCUGACUGCCUUCCUAAUAUUGCUUCAAAACUAUCCCUUCAUCAUCUUCAACCUCUCUCAUCUAAAUUUCCCAAUCCUAAUUUCAGCUGAAAUUGCAGUUUUAAGAGAGAGAGAGAUGGCAUGUUUUGUGCCUUUCAACAGCAGGAAUUUGGAAAUAAGUCUGUUUGCAUUCAGGCCAAUGGUGGUGGUGGUGGAUGAACUCAUGGAAGCCCUCAAACACUUCUCUUUGUGUACUGAGAGCCUUGGUUGUGUUCACAGCGCUAUAUUCAGAAGCAUCCAUGGAAAUAUGAUUAUGUGGUAUGGAGCCUGGUGGAAGAGAUCUAAUGAGAACAAGGACACGCUCAAUGCAACACUUCUCCCGAUGCUGGGAGACGUAUCAAGAAUGGCCAUCUUGAUCGACCACAACUUCUUCGACGCGUACGCAGGAGAAUCAAGAGACGGCUCCCCGGCGGCCAAGUUCUUCACGGGUGACACCAUUUCCAUGGGCGCCGUGCUCCUCUCCCGGAGCAACAUUGACGACCUCUCCUACGCGUGCCUCGCCAUUUUCAGAUCUCGAUUCGCCAAGAUGGAGGGCGCCGUUUCGGGCGUUUGCUUGAAAUCGCAAACCCUAGCACGAACGGUGAGCAUUUUCGUCUGGAAAUCGCUCCAACUUUGCUACUCGUGGAUCCUGACGUCCGAUCGUCGUAGCGAGGUUCUUCCCUAUCUCGAUAAAGAUCAGCUCUCGCUCGAUGUCAAGUACGAUGUCUUUCGAGUGGUUUAUGUUAGCAGCGACAGUGCAAUGAGGUAUCAGUUGAAUCCUUCUCCCAAGUUGCUGGAAAAUGGAGUGGAAGGAAGGAAGGUGAUGUGAGAUUAGGUUUUGUGAAAAUCUUGGCUUCCUUUGGGUUUUGCUUAAUUUUGUGAUUUGAAGGAAAUUAAUUAUAUAUAUAUAUAUUGUCGAAUGAAAUGUGAGACUAGCUUCAGUUUAUG